GGCUUCCAAUCCAUUCCCCCGCAAUCCCUAAUUCUCUCCGUCUCCACUCUCCACCAGACUAGAACCCACCCUUCUCGAAGAAACAACUCACCGCCGUCGUCGCCUUCCACCGAAGCUCCAGCACCUGUCGCACUCGCCAGCUCCAGCGCCCCGUUGCCCGUCGCACUCGUUUCGUCGCCCGCUGCCACUCGUUGGCGCCACACCAGGAUUUGCAAUUUCAAGUAUGUCGAGUGGGGUCACAUGUGGGGAAGUUGAUGGGUAGAUUCGUCUUAGCCCGAGCACCACUUCCCAGCCUGCACUCCAC